UACACAACACGCAGGGCAGGUGCAUUGUUUCUGAUACAGCUCGAACAGAACGGAACGAGGUUCAAGGGCACAAUCAUGAAGACUGUACUGUUGGUCUCCGCGCUGGGCCUCUGGGCUGGGGUCGCUUCCCAGUGCCUCUCCAGGAACGACAACCAGGUUCCGCCCAGCCAGCCGGACCUCGACCACAUCCUGCCCUUCAGCGUCGGCCUCUUCAAGGAAGUCGUGUCCUCGGCGGGCAACUUCUUCUUCUCGCCCUACAGCAUCUGGACCGCCCUCGUGCUCACCUACUUCGGCGCCGAGACCAACACGAGGGCCCAGAUGGAGCAGGUUCUUCAACUGACGAACAAAGAGGACACUCUCGCGCUGUACCGUGCUUUGAAUGAGGGCAGGUCGCAUGAAAACAACGAAAACUACACUCUCAACACUGCCAACAGAAUCUUUAUCAGGGAAGACUUCUCAAUCCGCCCUUGCUUGCAACAGGUCCUGUCACGGGAGUUGCAGCGACUGAACUUUAGACAGCCUGCCGUGGCCGCUGAGUUCAUCAACUCCUUCGUCAAGAACGCCACAAAUGGAAAAAUCCAACAGGCAGUGGCUGCGGACUUGCUCAACAGUGUAGAAAUGCUGAUUGUCAACGCCAUCUACUUCAAGGGCCUGUGGGAGCACCAGUUCAGAAUAGCAGACACCUCCAAGGCUGAGUUUUUCACUACCACAACGCAAGUGUCUAUGGUCGACAUGAUGACACAACGGGCCUAUUUCAGGAACGGCGUCUCGAAGGAGCUGGACGCCGACGUGGUGGAGCUGCCGUACCGCGGAGGCGCCGCGUCCUUGCUCGUGCUCCUCCCGCGGAACAAAGGGACAGGAGACGAGCUCGACCGGAUGCUCCAGCGCCUCACCCCCGCCGCCCUCGCCUCUGCCAUCGGCAAUUUGGAAAUCAGUGAAAGAAUUCUGAACCUGCCUAAGUUCAAAUUCGAGAAGGGUCUCUCGUCUGAGCUCAAAGAGGUGAGCUGAAUGGCUUGUUUUAGC